CUAGUCGUGCUAGAAUCUUCGCAGAGGCCCAUAUAUGGUGGUCAAUUUGCUAAGGAUAACCAAGGUAUUUUAAAUAUCAGUGAUCCAAUAAAAAAUUGCAUCAUUACUGAUUGGGAUGCUAUGGAAGACGUUUGGUUCCAUAUGUACUACGAACAAUUGUUAGUACCUCCAGAAAAUUAUGCGAUUUUACACACAGAGCCAACUCACAAUCCAAUUUCAUGUCGUGAUAAACUUUUUGAGAUCAUGUUUGAAGUGUUUAACGUGCCCAAAGUGUUGUUGAUGAAUAAGUCGAUACUUUCUUUAUAUAGCUGCGGCAAGACCACUGGUCUGGUGGUCGAUUCUGGGUACCAAAGUACACAAAUCGUUCCUAUUUACGAAGGAUAUUCGAUUUCACACGCUAUGCGAAAUAUACCAGUCGGUGGAUGGCACUUAACUCAAUUCCUUAAGCAAAUGGUUAAUAACAGAGGUUAUAGCUUAACCACGAAGAGAGACUGGGAAAAAAUAAAACACAUGAAAGAAACAUUUUGCUAUUGUGCUAUGGACUUUCAAAAAGAACUAACAACGUUUGGUAAACAUAAGGAACAGAGAUACACGCUGCCAGAUGGAAUGAUAGUCAAUAUCAAUAAUGAAGCGUUAGUAUUUUACUAUGAACUUUAAAUUUAAAUUAAAAAA